GCAUCUCACCUCGCUCGAUCAAACUUAUCCCUUGCCUUCUUCUCCGUUUCAAAUCAUGGCCGACUCCAACGGCAAACCCCACGCCCUUCUCAUCGCCUACCCCCUCCAAGGCCACGUCAUCCCGGUCGCGCCGUCCACCGCCCUCAGCCUCGCUGCACGGCAAUCACCGUGACCUGUCGUCAACACCGAGUCCAUCCACCACCGCACUCUUUCCGCCACAACUCCACGGUCGACGUCGUUCUCCGAGCGAGAUCAUAGUCCUUUCUGCGUCCGCUACGAGUCAGUUAGCGCUGGGCUGCCCGUCAGAGCUCGACGCGCUCCGCUCUACGGCGACGAGUUCAACCAGCUCGCUCCUCAGACAGCAUCGGGGGCCAUGUUGAGGCUCUUGGAGCAGGCUGGUGAUGGGCGCACGCCCGUCACGUUGCGUGAAGCGAUACGCUUUUUUGUGUGGCACACACGAUUGGCGAAGAAGCUCGGGCUGGCCUUAACGUUGGCGUUUUGGACGGAGCCAGCGCUUGUGUUCUCUUUGUAUUAUCACAUCCAUCUGCUAAGGCAACAUGGGCACUUUGACUCUUCGAAUGGCAAGAACCGGACGGACAAGAUCACGUACAUUCCGGGCGUGGACGAAAUAGAACCAUCAGAUCUCAUGUCAUAUCUCCAAGAAUCCGAUACGUCUUCGACCGUACACAAAAUUAUUUUCAAGGCGUUUGACCAAGUUCGCGGUGCAGAUUCUAUAAUAUGCAACACGGUGCAAGAGCUCGAGCCCAAGACGAUAUCAGCACUGCAAUUAGAGAAGCCAUUCUACGCGAUAGGCCCCAUUUUGCCCGAAGGCUUCACAAAGAGCAAGCUCAAGACUAGCCUGUGGACGGAGUCAGACUGCAACAAGUGGUUAGACUCGAAGCCAGUAGGCUCGGUGUUGUACGUCUCGUUCGGCAGCUACGCGCAUAUCAGCAAGAAAGAGCUGGAGGAAAUAGCUCUAGGGAUCGCAGACAGUGAGGUUAACUUCGUAUGGGCUUUGAGACCGGAUACGGUCAGCUCAAUUGAUCCGGAUCCGCUACCAAAGGGGUUUGUAGAUGAUACUAGAGAUAGGGGAUUAGUCGUGCCAUGGUGUCGUCAAAUUGAGGUGCUUGGUCAUAAAUCCGCUGGAGGAUUUUUGACACAUUGCGGAUGGAAUUCGAUAUUGGAGAGCAUACGUUGUGAGGUACCAUUGUUGUGCUUCCCGCUUUUAACCGAUCAGUUUACAAAUCGGAAAUUGGUCGUUCGGGAUUGGACGAUUGGGAUCGAUCUUGGUGGAAUUGAUACUAAUGUGAACAGAAGAGAUGUAUCAAAGAAAAUUGGCAGGUUGAUGAAAGAAGAGGAAGGAAAUGAGAUGAAGCUUAGGGUUAAGGAGGUGAGGAAAACACUUGAAAGUGCAAUUAGUCCGAUUGGUUCUUCACAAAAGAACUUCGAUAGCUUCAUUGAGGUCAUGAUGACGAGGUCAAGGAGCAUGGCGAAGUAGAACGAUGUAUCGUUUAUUGGUAUGUUAUUUGCACGUUUGUAUUCUUCAUUGUAUUGUGUAAUGAUUCGUACGCUGUAAUGCUUCCUUUGAGUCACUUUUUUUUUUUUGGAAAGUCCUUUGAGUCACAUUUAUUUCUGCAUCAUUGUAUAAUUGACAUAAGUAGUGCUUCAAAUGGAAAUUACCUUUA